AUGAAUGGAACCUCCAAGUCCUUCGAUGCAGCUCCCUUGGAGGACGAUGGCACCCUGGAUUUGGCGCUCAUGGUUACGGAGCACCCGGCUGUGAAGUCGACUGGUGCUGCUAUGCUGGAGAGCAUGCGCCAUGUGAACGACCUGAUCCAGAGAUGUGGACCCUGGGUAACUUCAGGCGACUUCCCUGCGGAGAGGACGAUCGAAGCAAACAAAGAGGUUCUCACAGCGCUGACGAAGGUCCAAAACGACAUGCAAAAGCUGGACGACAUCGAUCUCGAUGCCCUUAAGCCUGCAUGGGGCGACCGCGACUCGGUCCGCAUGGCCAGGAAGAGCUUGAUUGGCUGCGCGCAGGAGAUCAUGCGGCGUCUGGAGUCUCUGAAGGCAUGCUUGGCCUCACCCGUUUCGAAGUUUUCUUCUAUGCGAAGCAGUCCGCGGCAAGAGACAACCUUCUACGGCUGGGGCUUGGAAGGCGCCGACCCGGUGGAGCCCAAAGAGAAGGAGAAGCCACCAGGCGACGAAGAGCCACCGAAGGAGCGGAGCCGCAGCCCUCCCCGGGAGGAUGCGGCCAGAGGGCCCGCAGGAGAGCAUCAAGCCGACUCCAGCGAAAACUCGGAGGAAAGGAAGCACAAUCGGGACACUCCGCACUUUCACUGGACGCGUGGCCAGAAGCUGGGAACUGGGAACUACAUCGUCCGGAAGCAGGUGGGCGAGGGCUCCUUCGGCCGGGUCCUGGCUUGCUUGGAGGAGACUUCCAAGCAGAUGGUGGCUGUGAAGGUGGUGAAAGGCGUGGCCCGGUACAAGGAGCACGCGCAUGCGGAAGCAGAGCUUUUGCGAGAGAUACGGAGAUGUGAUCCGGGCCGACAGAGCUACUGCGUCAAGCUGCUGGGGGAGUUUACCCAUGACCUGAAUCACUGCUGCCUCGUGUUCGAGCUGCUGGACAAGAGCCUCAGCGACUUCAUGCGAGAGACCGGUGACGAGGGGCUGAUGCUGAGAGACAUCAGGACGAUUGCUUCCCAGAUCCUUCAGUGUCUGCAUUUUCUCAAUGCCAUGAACCUGACUCACACCGACAUCAAAUGCCGAAAUGCCAUGCUAAAGGACUCCAGAGGUGAGCUGGUGCCCCACCCACGCAAGCCAGGGCGGGAAACGAAGAAGCUGCACCGAUGCGAAGUUCGUGUCAUCGACUUUGGCGGUGCUGUGCUGAAGAAAGAGCGGCACAGCAAGCGAGUCGGGACGAGGCAGUACAGAUCUCCGGAAGUGGUUCUGGGACUUCCGUGGGACGAGAAGACGGAUGUGUGGAGUCUCGGCUGCAUCCUGCUGACUCUUUACACUGGCGAGCGCCCCUUCCCGGUGCAGAACAGCCUUCACCACCUGGCAUUGAUGGAGCGUUUGAUCGGCGAGCUUCCGCGCGAGAUGUUGCGCAGUGCUGCCGCAGGAGGCAGCUUGCCAGAGGAUGUCUCCGUCGAUAGCCAAGGCUCUCUGCGGCUGAACCGCAAGUUCAUCGACGAGGCUCAGGAGGUGAUCAACAUGGCAAAGCCCCUGCAACAGCGGAUUCUGCCCCAGCACGGUGCGCUCCUGGCACUGCUGGAAGGUUUACUCGCCGCAUCACCCAAUCAACGCCUCGGUGCCCAGGAGGCCCUCAAGGAUCACUUCGUCGCGAACGAAAGCGUUAGCGAGUGA